GCGCCGAAACUCUCGGUUUAUCUGGUCAGUGAACCAUGGGUUUUCUCUCUUGGUUCAGAGGCAAGCCCCAGCAACAGCAACCCAAACCCGAAUCCAAAACCAAACCCCCAGAGAAUUCCAGCUCGAAACCCGCUGAAGUUCCCGGCAUGCACGGCGCCGUCGAGGUCCCCAGACCCACAGACAUAACGGUCUUCGAGUUCGGGUCCGUUGCCGCCACAGCCGACAAGGUCACUCUCGCCGGUUACUGCCCCGUCUCCGACGAGCUCGAGCCCUGCCGCUGGGAGAUCCUUCCCGCGAGCGCUUCCGACGCGCCCCAGUUUCGCGUGGUGUUCUGAGAGAGACACAGACAAAGGCUCCAAACUGAAACUGAGAGAGACCCUUUUGUGGGUUUGUUUAUCAUAUAUAAAUUCAAGAGGGUUCUGAAUAUUCCUAUUAAACAUGGGCUUUUGCUACUUCUCUUUAUUUACUUCUGUUCUUGAGCGUAUGGUUAAGCUAUGUGAUUGAAGAAUUUAGCGGGAUUAAAAUUUUCACUAGAACAUGGCUUAUAAUGCAUGUUUUUAGUUCUAUUCAAAU